UUGGCCUGCUGUGUUUUCUCAGAUAGUAACUGUGUGAAGAUGCUGGACCUUGGGGUGGUUCCUCACAUCCUGACCUUGUUGGAGCAACAUGUGGACGAAGGAGAUGUGUCUGUUCAACACGCUGGACUGAGCGCGCUCAGAAACCUGGCCAUUCCUGCCACUAACAAAGUGCGGAUGCUGGAGGACGGUGUGACGGAGAGAAUAAAGAGCCUGCUGCGCUCCGACAUGCCGCCGGUGCAGUUCAAACUGCUGGGGACACUGCGCAUGAUGGCGGACGGACACGAGGAGGCAGCUUUGGUGCUGGGGAGGGACGCUGUGCUGCUGGCCCGGGUCAUGGAGUGGUGUGAGGCCAAAGACCAUGCAGGGGUCCGGGGGGAGUCCAGUCGCCUCCUGGCUGCCCUCAUCAGACACAGUCGCAGCGCAGAAGUGGUCCAUGCUGUAGCCAAAGCAGAUGGGGUUCGGCACCUUAUCUCCAUGGCAACAAGUGAACAUGUCAUCAUGCAGAACGAGGCCCUGGUUUCCCUGGCAAUAGCAUUUGCCAUUGACAUUGAGUCUAUGAAGGAAGCGUUUAGGGACUCUGUGCUGCUCACCAUGCUGAAGGAGAUGUUGGAGGAUCCUCUCGGGGCGAUCGAAGUCAAGUUCAGUGCUUUGGGUCUGAUCUGCAGCCUGGCUAACUCCAGUGUGAUGAAGGAGGAGCUGCACUCUGUGAAUAUGAAGGAGAGCCUCAGUAAACUGACAGAGCACAGUAACAGUAAACUCGCCUCGCAGGCCAUCUCCAUACUGGCCUCUCUGGGUGACAGCAGCUAAAGCAGAACACGUUCCGUCCGGCUUAUUCAAAUGUAUUCAAAUGAUCCUACUGCUACCUAUUGAAAUGGCUUGACAAAAUGUAUCCUGUUGUUUGGCAAUAAUUACUUAUUUUGGAUAAGCAAGACUUAAAACUAAAAGGGGUUCAUCAACCAGGAGCAUGAAUGUGUGUCAAUCUAGCAAAUAGAUUAGGAGAAACAUGUGCUAAAUUGACAUCUUGGACUGAGAGUGGAAGUAGAGGAAAGUUGCCAGUGUCCACAUGAAACCUCUCCAUUGUUUUGACAUUUAUUGUAGGCCUAGAAAGGAGAAAGUCAGAUAGAAAUGAGUUCCCAUGAGACAAUGGCACUUAAAGGGAAGUUCAAGAAGGAAACCAAAACAUCUACACAUUAUUCUGUCUGUAAUCAGGCCUGUAGUUGUUGUGGUUUGCUGCCAUGGACCAUGGUUGGUGGAUAGAUGAAUGAAAUGACCUCACCUUCUUUGAGAUUUACUUGUCGUGAUGCUAGCCCAUGUUAAUAUAUAAUGUAUACAGAAAUGUCAUACUAUCAAACGUUUAAUGUGGAUAUCUAUAAACGUUGACAUUAAUUAAAUGUAAUAUUGAACAGAUUUCACAUAAUUGUAUUAGGUUAGUUCAAAGCAAUAAUAUUAAGUUGAACCUAAUAUUGUUUAUUGAACUUUCAACUAACCUAAUAGAGUUGUGAAAUCAGUUGACAUAAUACACAAGUGUCAGUUCUGGCCAAAUGUAUUGCAUGAAGAGCCCCACAGAUUUCUGAAAUGAACCGCAAUGUAUUGGUGCAUCCAAAUCACGAAGAGACAACCACAAGGUGGAAUUUUUGUUAAAAAUUGAAAAGAAAAUGUAAUCUCAUAGCCUCAAUCAAUGGACGGGGUUUGACAUUAAUAUGCGUAAAGCAAAAAUACCUAUGAAUGUUAAAAAGUAUCUGUGCAGCAAAAUUGUUGAGUUAAAAUUAUUUUUGAAUGAAUUUGAAUUUCAAUGACUUCAGUUACAAAUAAAAUGAGUGGCUAAUAUUGUUGAUAUCAGACUGAAUGGAUGCAAAUCAACUGCAUACAAUUGAGUUCAAGACUGAGAUAUUUCUUACAGGCUUAAGCCUGGUCGAGAGGACCAAACCACUGUCAUUCACCACAGUAAACAGAGCUAUUAAUGUACUGUAGCCAUACUCACAAACAACACAACUGCAUGUGCUCUAGUAAUACACACUGACUUUUUCUAGUGGUGAAACAUUAUGACUUGAGUUUUACAAUGACUUGGGUAAGCUAAGAGAGGUGGUGUUAUCAUCUGGAAGGAAACAACAAGCUGUGUAUCGUUGGUCAUGGUUAAACAGAUUCUGGUACUGACUUUAAUGCAAUGCAAAAAAAUGAUGCUGUUUGUGUUACAAAUAUACUAGAAGAAUCGGUCUGUUUGUAUGUAUAUUCAGGAUCAUUGAGAAGAGUGCAGGUGUACACCACACACACAAUAGCAGAGUAACAGGAGUGAUGCACACCAAAGGUGCUUUUCAGAGAUAAGGGGAAUAGAUUUUGGUAGGCUGUGUGAGUGGGGGGCUAAGAACCUGCAGCACAUUAGAAUGAAAAUACUCAUUAAAACGUCAUGGUGACAGGUGCAUGGACAUCUUCAUUGAAACUGUGUUUCCAUCAACAGUUGAAGGGAGACCUAACCCAAUGAUAGGUUGAUGAUCAAAAGCAUAACUUAUCCGACUGCCUGCACAUGUGGCUGCAGCGUGACAGCAAAAUCCACCACUAACACACUCUAAAUAAAGCUUCCUGUUGAUGAUAUAUCGCAAACAUACAUUUGUAAUCCCUCAGAGGGAUCCUAGAAGCACAAUGUGAAAAAGACACAUGCACAACAUAUCUGAACUGCAUCCAUUAUCAUAAUACAUAACAGUGUUACAGUGCAAUAAGCAAUGCAGUGUACAUUUAUAGUUUGGCAGCCAGAGGAAAUUAUGAGUGUCUGUUCUAUUCAAUAAUGCAGCGGACAAGAGUUGUACUGUCAUAUUUUAUGUUAUAUUUGUAUCAAGAUUUAUUUCUCUAUACAUUAAUAUAUAACACCAACAUUUGGAAAAAAUCUGUAUAUUUCAAAGUAAGAGAAUAUUUAAAAAAAUGUAAGCUUUGUUCUAGAAACAGCAGAAUAAAGAUAUGCAAUGUCUUCCCCCA